AUGCAGCUUAGGAAUGCAUCAAACCUCCUUUUAAAACUUUAAUCAUAGCUCAGUCAAGUUACUAAGAAAUCAUUGUGAGUGAGGAUCUGCUGCUUUUGCUACAAUGGCUUCAUAUACUGUAUAUAAUCAACAAGGAGAUAAUGCAAGAUAUUAUGUACCUUCUACUGUCCAGGGAAACACAGCCGGCUCUAGACCUGUUCUCUACCAUCUUUCAGAAAACCAGAAAAACUGUUUGAAUGGUGAACCGAAGGCUUUGGGGGUUCUCCAGAUCUUGAUUGGAAUGCUAAACAUCUUUCUUGGCAUCAUUCUUUUUACAAGUUUGUCAUUUUUGAAAUAUACUGGUAUUCCUAUUUGGGGAGGUAUAUUUUACAUCAUUUCAGGAUCUUUGAGUGUUGCUUCAGACAGAUAUCAUCAUCGAUCCUUGAUUAAUGGAAACUUAGCCAUGAAUAUCAUCAGCAGCAUUUCAUCUGGUAUUGGAAUCUUCUUAUGUGGUUUCGAUUUGAUUAUGUUUAUGGAUGUAUAUGACAGUUAUAUGUAUGAAUUCAAAUGUAGCUUUCAAAGAACCUAA